AUGAGAAGGUUGAAGACGAUGAUGAAAUGCGAUUGUGCUCAAUCUGGGGGAGAAAGUUGCCACGUCCUUAUACGCUGUCAACCAGUCAACGGAACUAUUCUCUGUUGCCGCGCACUUUUCCUCCGUGAGCGGGCUGCCGACCUACUGGGCUUUCUGUUUUGGGCUAGACUAGACAAUGAUGGAAGUGCAAUUGAAGUAGUGGGCCGUGAAAGUAUUUUGGGUGGGCUCAAAGAGGCGAACCCUCCACCCCCCCCCCUCUCUUCUUCCUUCGCUGUUGAAUUUAAUCCUCUCGCUCAUCCCGCUUGGAACUCCCUCCGCCGCCGCCACUACCAGCGCAUCCCUCUCUCCUCUGCUUCUCCUCGGCGCAGCGCCGUCCUCUGCUCCGCACUCAAGUCCUCCCCCUCGCUCAGCGUCGCCGAUUCCGCUUCCAGCGACUCUGCCGCUCGAAUCGGAUCGCUGAGUCAAGUUGCCGGCGUGCUGGGGUGCCAGUGGGGUGACGAAGGUAAAGGCAAGCUCGUCGACAUCUUGGCUCAACAUUUCGACAUAGUCGCCCGCUGCCAGAUCUGGAUUUCCAGUUUUGAGGGCGGCGAUGGCGUCGAUGUCCUCCUUAGUUUCGAUGGCAGGCUUGGGCGGCGGCAGGCGACGGCGGGCGAGGGCAACGACGUGUGGGGUUGGGUGUUGGGGUUGGUGUAA